UCACGUGACACAACAGACUCACAUGAUCAUUGAUCAUACCUUGUCGAACAAGGAAGAGAUUUACCAUUCUGCCUGGGGGAAAAAUGUUAGAAAUGCUAAUCGUAUCUUAGAGAGACAUCCAGAUAACCAACAGCUAGUGAAUCUGUCUCCAUGUAAACAGGAAUGGGGUAUUUCCAAGUAUUCCUGCUUCUGGCCCUGAUCCCAGGGAGCACAGGUUUAGACAAUGGAUUGCUGAGGACGCCCCCUAUGGGGUGGAUGGCAUGGGAGCGCUUUCGCUGUGAUAUCGAUUGUCGUAAGGACCCCACGAACUGCAUCAGUGAGAAACUGUUCCGAGACAUGGCUGACCGACUAUCUGAGGAUGGAUGGAGGGAGCUGGGGUACGAGUAUGUCAUGAUAGACGACUGCUGGAUGUCCAUGCAGAGAGGCAGCGAUGGGAGGCUGCAGCCUGAUCCUGACAGAUUCCCAGGGGGCAUUGCAAACCUUGCAAGGUACAUUCACGAUCGUGGCCUGAAGCUUGGCAUCUACGCAGACAUGGGCAGCGCCACAUGUAUGGGCUUCCCUGGCACGACCCUGGACAAAGUGGAGCUAGACGCCCAGACCUUUGCCAGCUGGGGCGUGGACUACUUGAAGUUUGAUGGUUGUCACUCAAACGCCAUUGAGCAGUCGAUAGGUUACCCUUUAAUGUCCAAGGCAUUGAAUUGGACAGGCAGACCUAUAGCCUAUUCCUGCAGCUUACCGGCCUAUUUAGGUGGACUCCCCCCAAAUGUGAACUACUCUUAUCUAGGGAACAUUUGCAACUUGUGGAGAAACUAUGACGACAUUGAGGACUCGUGGGCCAGCGUGAAGAGCAUCCUUGACUGGUAUUCAACCAACCAGGACGACCUCCAGCCCGCCGCUGGCCCUGGACACUGGAACGAUCCUGACAUGCUCAUCAUUGGAAACUUUGGUCUCAGUCUGGAUCAGGCCCAAGCACAGAUGGCCCUGUGGGCCAUCAUGGCUGCCCCGCUCGUCAUGUCCAAUGACCUUCGGACCCUGAGCGCCGAUGCUCGGGCCAUCCUGCAGAACAGAGUGGCCAUCGGCAUCAACCAGGACCCCCGAGGGAUCCAGGGGAGACGGCUGCUACAGGAGUUGGGUCAUAUCGAGGUCUAUUGGAGGCCGUUGUCCCACUCGGCCAAUGCCUUGGUGUUCCUGAGCCUUCGCCAGGACAUGCCAUAUCUGUACCGAAAUUCCCUGGCCAAUCUCAACUUCCCAGCCGGCAGCUUCGAGGCGUACGAUGUGUUCUCUGGGAAGACCCUGAGCGGACUGACUGACCAUACCAUUUUCACGGUGUCCAUCAACCCCUCCGGUGUUGUCAUGUGGUACGUCUACCCUGUCAAACAGUCCCCCCGGCCCCCCAAGGACACAGGGAGAUAUCCAUACUUGCGCAAAAAAUACAGGAUGUCCUAAUUUUACGAGAUAAUAAAACCGUCCUUGGUGAACUGAAGCAGCAGGGUGUUUUUCGAUACGUCUGAUUUAUGUCAUGUUUUUUUUUUUUGUUUUUUUUUACCGUAAAUCAUUUAGGUAAUUUUUGUGCUUUUUCACUUUUUUUCUCUCACUUUUGUGCCUGGGGAAAAAAUGGGAAAUACAUCUUGAAUCACGGCAAUACCAAUUCAGCAGUGCAGUUGGAGAAGCUAACCUACCACUGAGGGGCAGUGUGGACUUAAAGAUUACCCACAAAAAGUACUCUGCCUGUUCCUAUUAGUCCCCACAGACACACAAAUAGCCAUAAUCCGAUUAACCACCUACACCUUUCAGUGAGACGAAAUGCAAGGUCAUGGCAUAGAUUAGGCUAGCCUGUGUAUGCAUGCGUGUAUGUGUGUGUGUCUUGGUGCAAUAUAAGGAUAAGCUUUCUAAGAUGGAGCCUUAGCAGUGGAUUCUCAUGGAUUAUGGAUGGGUUGCUGCAUGGUAAAUUGGUAUUAGUGUAAGUUUAACCUUAUUUCACGUAAGGCAUUGGCGACCUUGUGUUUUUCAGCUGAAACAAAGCAGUUUGUUCUUAACAUAGUUUAAAUAAAAUAAGAAACUGUGAUUUGGUUUCAAUUAGUUAUUUUUUAACAUUUUGAAGCUCGAAGAUGUCACACCAAGACUUGAUUGAAUGAAUAUAUAUGAUUGAAUGAAUGCUCCAUGUGAAUUAAUGCUCCAUAAAACGAAUGCUCCAAAUGAAUAAAUACUAAUUGUAUCUUGUUUUUGCGUUGUUUCCAAAACAAAUUUGGUACAGUGACAUGGUGUUAAAGUUAAAAUACUUAAAAAAAUUAGUUUUAUCUAUCAAAAAAUAAAAUCAACCAUCAACAUGAUCCCUCAGACCAGCCCAGUUGGAGGCCUACAGUAUUACAUGCACAAUAUUUUACCCACAUUGCAUCACUCUGGGGGCAUCGCUCUGCCAAUGGUCCAGUGAGUUGAAGCCAGGGAAGCCCGGCCUAGGUCCACCCACGUCUUUCCCACGGACCCUCUGGUCAGCCGGGGGGUCGCCUGGGGUCAGCGCCCCUCUGCCAGCUGCCAUCACUCACGGAUGGAUCCACCAGGAAGACACCGAACAUGCUGAGAGCCCCCCCCCACACACACACACGCACACGCACACGCAAAUGCUCUUCAAAAACAUGUGAGGGAUUUGCACUCAACCCAAAAAAGAAAAUGUUUACAGUUUUGGGGCCAGCUCCAGAUCCUGCAUAUAUGUGGGAAUGUUUCAUUUUUCAAUACAAAAUGUUGACAAAACUAUGCCUGUGGCAUUGACUAAUAAUUUGAUUAACUUUAUUUAAAGACAUAUUUCAAGGGACAUGGCAUUGCUUCUUCUCCCAUUUCAGAAGUUAUCCAAUUACUCAUGAUUUCCUCUCGAAUUGUAUAAUUGCAUUUAUCCAUCAUCAUGUUACUACGCUAUAUAAAAUGGCUAAAUAGACAA